AUGGAUCCUUUUGUUUAUCUUGCAAGAUAUAGGGUCGUUGUGUGUGAGAAAUGUGGAUUUGCGUGUGUAUCUGACGAGGUACCGACCCAUCUCCUGUCGAAACACCGGGAUCUGCCAAUUACGAAGAGGCGAACGAUCGCAGAGGCCAUUGCGAAACUGCCACACGUCCGCCGGAAUCAGACCGAUCUCGUCGAUUUUGAGUUUCCGCCUCCUACCGCAGGUCCAAUCCCUCAGUUGUCGCCUCCACAGACAAAUGGUCUCAAGUGCCGCAGAUGUCCUUAUGUUGUCAGGCACAAAAAGAUGAUGAAAAAGCAUUGCCGAGAAUGCCACAAGUGGCAAAACAUGCAGGGCCGUGGGCGCCCGCGUCUAGACCGAAAAGAUGUGACGAUAGGUACAUCAGGACUAGCUCCUGAGCUGCCAUGGAGAGAUAAUGUACACUGCCAAAGAUUCUUCUUGUCGCGAGCUGCAAGUGGCUGGUUUGAGGUUGAGCGGAAGGCGGCACUUGGCAAAUCUAAGCAGGCUCGGGAAGGCUCCACGAAACAGCUCCCAAAUCCCAACCAGUUGCCGCCAGAGACACGCGGGCAUAUCCAAGAAGUACUUGAGCGCCAUGAGAAAUAUAUGGGUGCUCUGAACCAGCCACGACAUUAUGCCAAAGCUUUGGGGGAGGAAUCGCUUACUGCUACAAGUCCUUGGCUAGAGCGCACACAAUGGCGAACAAUAUACAAGAACGCCCGACGAGAUAUUCUACGCGCAAUGACGCGGCUACCAGUCAGAGAACAUGGCACGGGGGAAUGGAAAGAUAUGGUCCUGGGACAAGGAGCACACGAGGAUGACGAUUUUAUUAUCAGUCCCUGGCAAGAUGAACAAAAGCUUGCCUGCAUGCUGGGGGCUAUCGACUUGAUGAUUGACCGCUGCGAAACUACGUCAAAAGCAUUUUCUGUCAUGACAGAACCAAGCACUAAAUACCGGUAUCGAACUGCGUGGAAACAGUUUCUGAUUUUCGUCAUUCGAGGGUUUUUAAUGACUAGUACGAACAGAGACCUAGUCAAGAUCCGCCUCUUCCCUGAACUCAUUCAUCAGCUCAACUUACUCUGGAAACACAGAGUAUGGGAGGGCAUGGAUAUGAGAAGAGGAAAAUGGCCAAAACUGGUUAACAAACGAUAUGAAACCGACGAUUUUGUGGGACAUUGGGAAAGUGACGAUUCCGAAUUGGCAGCCAUGGACGAAGUGAUGAGUGGGGAUGACUCUCAGAAUGAGCCAAGUCCUACCAGUAUGGAAGAUAUGGAGGAAGAAUUCGAAGAGGGGCUAGAAGAUGAGCUAAACGAUUUCCAUGAUAACAACUCAGAAGAGGAUCUGGAGAACGAAUCUGAGGCAGAGGUAUAUUUAAACGACAGACAUCCUGAGAAGAAUUCGUGCCAGGAAGCUGCUGAGCUAGAGGUUUUGGAGCUUUUGUUCAAAUUAAGUCUAACACUGAGCACACAGCAAUAUCUGGAUGGCCAUCCUGGGUCCACACUGCUUGUUUACUUUACUGGCAUAUUUGGUUUCUCCGCAGAUUGUCGACGAUUUAAGCUUGCUCGACAAUUUAGUCCAGCACUAGCUGGACCAAUAUAUUGCUCACGUCUUAUUUUUCUCGAGUACGCACUACCUCUUUUUGCAUACUCGUAUAUUGGCAUUAGUCAGAGACCUAGCACGCGACAAGUCGAGCAUCUACGAAGUGUUUGUGACAAGUACACAGUGGUUGGGUCACCAUCACCAUUGGCCGAGCUCAUCAGUCUGCGAAAUUUUGGAUAUGUUAUUGCGAGGACGGAGCCACCUGCCUACCUGCUACGAUGGAGCGAUGACGGAGAAAACGUCUCACUGGGAGACUUGUUCACAUUAAGCAUGAGUGCAUUUCGUCAAUUAAUCGACUAUUUUAUCUCACGAGCAGAGCAGCUAUGCGACGACCUAAUGUAUAACUGGAGUCCUGGUAUACAUCUUUCCGAUAUAAAAGACGAUAUUAGCAAUGCACAGCCAGGCUACUCAUUUAUAUCUCACCCGAAAAACAAUUUUGAAGACGAAUACCGGAUUCUUCUAGCUCGCGCAUGUACCUGCCGCAGUUCGCAACUUCGACAGCUAGCUGGGCAUGAUCGAUGGCGGUGGACUGCUGUGAAAGAAUAUAUCAAGAGCACAAAAGAUUUAGAAGAGACAUUUGCUGGUGGUCUUCUUACUGCGUGCGGCCAAACACCGCGCUUACGAGAGCUCUUUAGUAUUGAGUGCGAGAACAGCCCAUCAGCGUUACGUAAUAUUUUGUUCUGGAAUGGCAAAAUGAUGUACGUACUGCGACACCAUAAAGCCAAGCGGUCUACAAAUCAUGAGUUUCAUGUCGCCCGGUUUCUUCCCGCAAGGCUAGCCAUGGUACUCACGAAGUAUCUUGUCUAUAUCCGUCGAGUCGCUGGUAUUUUGCGCCGAGAGGAGCUUGGAUAUACAGAGAGAAGACAGGAAAUAAUGGAAAGAUCUCUGCUAUUCCAAUCAAAUAAAAAGGCAUGGCCGGCUAGUCGAAUGACCACCAUACUCAAGAAUGCUUCAAUAAACGUAUGUCAGCACAAGAUCACUCCCCAAAUGUACCGACAAGUGGCUAUUGGAAUUACGGAAAAGCAUGUUCGAGAGGUACAUACGCCGUUUAAUCGUUAUGAUGAUUUCGUGGCCAGAAUUGCUAGUCUUAGCGAGGCUAGAAUAUGCCAGCGCGCAGUAAAACCCGGAGCUGGUGUCAAGUCCCACUUUAGCCAUAUACAUCGGGUAAAGGGAGAACAGCUUAAAGACAUUGCGGAUUAUGCCAACGCAGACUCGCUUCACGAUCCAAAUACAAUUGAACUGCCAGCCGACUGGAGCGAACCAGUGCCGAUUAUUAAAAUAGAACAUGGAUUUAGCUGUAACUCAUGUCGGUAUCUUACGAGAUCGGAGAAGAACGCAUUGCAUCACUGGAAAGAGUCACAACACAACCGUGGGGGACCAAAAUACAGUGCUGUAAAACUUCAGUCAUGGACGCCGACCAAACGCGCGAGAUAUUGGAUUAUUAACGUUCCCGGCGACAGUACAGUAGCGCCACUGCCGCCGUCCGGGCCGGAGGAAAGCGCGAUGGACAAUAUUAUUGCUGAGAGCCAGGCCGAGCUACUAGAAGAGGAUACCAAGCGAAACGAGCAUGGUAAUAGGCAAGAGGGCAUUGACUUUGACUCGACUUGGGUUAAGCAUAUGAAGUGGGUGAGGCACUUUGGGGAUCGAAAUCUGCUCGAUAUACACGAUGCGGCCCAGGGGAUACGAGCAAGAGCCAGCAAGGCAAAGACGAGAGCUCCCGAGGACGAGAUGAAUACGAGAGAGACGCAACUUCUUACGCGACUGGGCGAGAGCUUUGAUCGAGAGGUAGACCGCUGCAGCUGGCGGCUUUCCAGCGUACCAGACGAGACAUUACAGUGUCUUCGCGGCAUUGAGCCAGGCAAGCCGCAUCAAAGCCCGUUUAGGCGCACGACGAAGGACAAGUCACAGGCGAGGUACCAGGCUGUCGGACAUCGCUACUUAGAGUUCUGCUGGCGGGCAUACCAGCUAGGUCGCGAGGAAGCGGCAAGCCAACUGGCAAUGCGUUUUACAGACGAGCAGUGGAGUCUAAUGGGAGACGUGGCCCACGAGCUAGAGGACGAAGACCAGCCGCUAGACAACAAACAGGCCGAGCAACAGAACGACAGCGGCUUCUUCAGCGGAGAUGACGACGACAGCGAUGGCAGCGAAAACUGGGGGGACGACGAGUGGGAGCAAAUAUUCGGACACAGAGAGACCGCUGUGAUGGGGACAAGAUCGCUCGACCAGGCCGUGUUUCAAUUCAUGAUCGCUUCGAUCAAAGUGCGUGUUGGCGGAGACAUGUACAGCAACGCAAUGCUGUGCUUUUGCGCGGCAACCGGCAUUAGGAGGCACCCGCUGGGCUUUACGGAAGCAUAUUUAUAUACCGGUGUGUUAGCGGCGCUAGCAUGGCUGGCUCGUCUCUUCUUUCUCGAGGCUGGAUUUGAGAAUGUGUCGCCAGAAGAGCACGGCAUUGGAGUGAAGACUCUUGAUCGAUUCAAGGAGGACCACGCGAGGUGGAUGUGCGUAGGUACGUAUACGGUCAUGAGCAAGAUCAUCAACUGGAUGGCGUAUGGCAAGGGACAUCGCAAUAAGACGGUCGGGCCGCCAACGGUGCGCUGGACGGACAACUACGAGGCGUUAAUGCACAAUGGCGAGCGGCUGGUCGUGCGUGACUUCCAGCGGGCAGCUUGCACAGUCAUGGUUCAAGCGGACAAUUUGCUCAACCAGCUGCUUGGCGGUAGGUGGGAUCGCAUCGGCCCCGGAAUAGACAUGAAGCGGAUCGUUGACAGCACGUCGAGAGUUGGGGCGGGCCAUUCGUUUGCGACGAACGACAAGAACGCUUGGCUAGAGGUCGGGCCGGGCAAAGUUCUGCGUUCUAUGGAGGCGUCAAUAUUUGACAAGAAGACAAACCAGUGGAAGCAGGCUGGCGUGCGAAGGUGGAUGCGGUGGCUGCGUGUAUUCCGAGAAGCAUUAAUGCUCCUGUCACAUAUCUGGGAAGGGCAACCGGGGCGUGGGCCCGAAACGGCAACAUUACGGCAACUGUGA